AGUUGAGUGCAGUCGACGCGCGAGGGUGCGGUCUCGCAGCUAGGGCCGGUUGGACGAGUGUCGACGGUGCGGUGGUGCAGGGCUACGCGCCGGGGACUGCUGCGAACGAGCGCGUUGCAACACACGGCCGGAUACGCCAUGCGGGACGUGACGUGGCAGCAGCUGUGCAGGCGCCGCUAGGCGGGCAUGUCGGCCAGGGAGCUGCCGCCGCCCGGGGGCAGGUCCGCCCUGCUAGGCCGCCUCUCGCCCAUGGUGUGCCCGCUGGCCAAGCUGGGCAGAGCCUCGCCCUCGCCGGGCUCCGAGCCGCGCCACCACCAGGGCUACGCCUACCACCUGGACCUGCAGCUGCGCUCCUACCCCAAGCUGGGCCGCGCCUCGCCCUCGCCGGACCAGGGCUACCACACGCUGGUGCCGCCCACGCCGCUGCCGCCGCCCGGCAAGCGCAAGGGCGCGCCGCCGUCGCCCUUCGACCUGCUGCCCGACGAGGCCGUGCUGCGCGUGUUCGCGUGGCUGGACAGCGCGGACCUGUGCUCGUGCGCCAUGGUGUGCCGGCGCUGGGAGGCGCUGGCGUGGGAGCCGCGCCUGUGGCGCUGCGUGCGGCUGAGCGGGGAGGGCGUGUGCGGGGACCGGGCCGUGCGCGGCGUGCUGCGGCGCCUGUGCGGCCAGGGCAGGACCGGCGCGUGUCCCGGCGUGCAGCGCGUGCUGCUGAGCGACGGCGCGCGCCUCAGCGACAAGGGGCUCAGCCUGCUGGCGCGGCGCUGCCCCGGGCUCACGCACCUGCAGCUGCACGGCUGCCACGCCGUCUCCAACCCGGCGCUGUUCGAGCUGGCGGCGCGCUGCUCCAACCUGCGCCACCUCGACGUCACCGGCUGCACGCGCAUCUCGUGCAUCAGCGUGCCGCCCGGGCCGGAGCCGCCGCGCCGCCUCGCGCUGCAGUACCUGGACCUGACGGACUGCCAGGCCGUGGAGGACGGCGGCCUGCGCGUCAUCGUGAGGAACUGCCCGCAGCUCGUCUACCUCUACCUGCGUCGCUGCGUCCACAUCACCGAUGGUGGAAUAAAGUAUGUUCCAAGCUUCUGCUCCAUGCUGCGUGAACUCAGCGUGUCAGACUGCAACCAAGUGACGGACUUCGGCCUGUACGAGCUCGCGAAACUAGGAGCGACACUGCGAUAUCUGUCUGUCGCAAAAUGUGAUCAAGUGUCGGACGCCGGCCUGAAGGUGAUCGCGCGCCGCUGCUACAAGCUGCGCUACCUGAACGCGCGCGGCUGCGAGGCGGUCAGCGACGACGCCAUCACAGUGCUGGCGCAGUCCUGCCCGCGCCUGCGCGCCCUCGACAUGGGCAAGUGCGAUGUGAGCGACGCAGGGCUGCGCGCGCUCGCCGAGAGCUGCCCCAACCUCAAGAAGCUGAGCCUGCGGGGCUGCGACCUGGUGACGGACCGCGGGGUGCAGGCCGUCGCCUACUACUGCCGCGGCCUGCAGCAGCUCAACAUCCAGGACUGCCAGAUCUCGCUGGAGGGCUACCGCUCCGUCAAGAAGUACUGCAAGCGGUGCGUCAUAGAGCACACCAACCCCGGCUUCUUCUGACGAGCCGGGCCGUACGUGGUGUCUUCUGAUUGGUUUCUUUUUACAACUUUCUUUCCUUCACAAAUUAAAAAUAUUCCUGUAAUGAUACAGUAGCUUUUAGCAUGGUAUCACAGUGGAAAACAAAAAUAACUCUUAUGUUGUAAUCGUACGGAAGCUUUUUAAAACCGCGUACCUAGUUUAAAAUUUGUUUAUAUGUAAAAACAUUCUAAAAUACGUCAACAAGAAAAAUUCAAAACUAUUAGUAGCCAAUGCUGUAAAACCGAUACUGUAUCCUUAAAACACAAGAUUUAUUAGUAAAAUAAGGAAUGUUCUUUUAAUCAUUAUUACUAUUCUGCAUAGUCUUCAUACAAACCUUAAACCUACGUGACAUAGCAUACCACCAUAUUUCUGUUCCUUCGCUGUAUACGUACUCCAGCCACAGUUGUUCAACCAUUCUGUGAAAUUGUUCAGCUUAACUCCUCAUCAUAGUUGAUGAAAAGUACUAAGUUUCAAAUUCAAUGCUGAAUGAUGUUUGCUGAAAAAUGCCCCAUUCGUAUCGUUGAAGAGUGCUAGAGUUGCUGCAGGUGAGUGAUGUAGGAAUGCAUUUCUGUGAACAAAGUUGUCACUGCAGUACAGUAUACCGUGUUUCUGUUCUGUGUGACGCUCCACACCCAGUGGAGUGAAGGACCUGUGGAAAUAAUUUCCAAGUGAGGGAAGAAAUUUAAAUCACAUUAGAAAAAAAUAUUUUAUACUUUGCAAAAUUUGCAGUGAUUUUCCAAACCAUUCAAGUUAAUUUGCAAAGGAUUAUAAAUAAUUUAGAUUUUAUCUUUAGUUAACUGGAAAUUUGAGAUGAAAAUAUUGUAACAAAACUCCAUCCUGUAUAUCUUGGCUGUGAUUAUUUAUUUUGUUUAUAAGCAAAACUUCAGUUAAAACCUGAAAUGAAUAAAUCAGGAAAAUUGCACAAAGUUUAUUUAAUUUUAAAAGUUUUAACUAAAAAGAAUGUCAGUUACAAAUUAUUUUUUCCUAGAAUCGCAAUUAAUGAUUUGGAUCUUCUGUUUAAUGAUUUUGAUCAUCUGUCUUUAAAAGUAGGUAUUAGAUAUCAAGGAACAUUUUUUAUAACAUUUUCUAGUCUUCAAAAUUUAUUUUCUCAUUUUGUAAGCCCAUGGAGUGGUAUUCAAAAACAUUGUUUGCUGGAGUUAAUAUCCAAAUAUGUUAUAUAUUCUUUUUGUGAUAUUACACUGGUAGCUAUUUACAAAUGUUUUGAGUGUGUGAACAUUGUAAUAUAACCACCGACUCACUCAUGUAAAUUAAAUGUUUAUAUGCACAAUAACCUGUACAUAAUAUGUACUCAUAUGUAAUAGUUUUUUAUAUAUAUUACUGUAAACAUGUGUAUACGAAGUGUAUAUAAAAAGCUAAGUUUGUUAUAAAAGAAUAAUUUAUUUGCAAUGAUAAAAAUCCAUUCCUCUUUU